CAAGAUAGCAACUUUUGCAGGGGAACACCUCUUACACAAUGCAAAAUCCCCAAAUAACGGGUUUAGGGACUCUGACGCAAGAUAGGGCCCAUUGUGUUUGUAAACAUGACCCCAGUACACCAGCUAGACAAUCAGUGAGCCAGAUCCAGCUGGAAGAGCCUACACUACUAUACACACAGAUGCAGCAUUGUGAUUUGGAUAUGAAUGGAAAAGUAGAGGGCAGACCUGUGAGUACCACUACUACUGAUGUGAACUCCAACAGUGCUAACAUGGUGUCAGAACUAUCUCCUGAAGUCCAGCCUUACACUCGGUCAUCUCGUACUUCCAGGAAAGCUGCCUUGUUUGGAAAGCGCUCCAACUCUAUGCGGAGAAACCCAAAAGCUGAGGUCACCAAACAGGGAUGGCUGUACAAGCAGGCCAGCAGUGGGGUCAAGCAAUGGAACAAGAGGUGGUUUGUCCUCACUGAUCGAUGCUUGUUCUACUAUAAAGACGAGAAGGAGGACACAGUGUUGGGGAGUUUGCCACUGCUCAGCUUCCAGAUUGGAGGGGUUCAACCAUCUGAUAACAUUACUCGCAAGUUCUGUUUUAAGGUGUGGUUUGAAGAGGAGGGUGGGGAAGAGGAGGAGGAGGAAGGGGAGUUUAAGAGUCCCAUUGUGUUCUGCAUGCAGGCUGAGCAUGCUGGGACCAGGACCUACUACUUUAGUGCCGACAGCCAUGAAGAGCAGGAGGAGUGGAUCAGAGUGAUGAAUGAUGCUGCACAGGUCAACAUCCAUCCAGCACAGAGGACAAAUUCAGAGAGCAGUGCCACCACAAAUGAACUCAUCCAUGCCACGGUAACAAAAGUAGCUGACAUGCACGCACAGCAGCAGCCACAGAUGCAAACACACGGCGAAGCUGACGUUGACCUGUCCUCCCAACCUAAAGUUAACGGAGUUUCCACCCUUGAAACACCCCCCUCCUCCAUUCCUAACUCAGACCAGGACAUAAGAAUGAGUGAUGAGAGAAGAGGAGGAGUUCCUGGCUCCAGCCACACACAUCAUUCAAAUAACCAUCCAAAUGGCUGGGGCAGCUAUGACCCACCCAAUGGUCUGCCCCACAAUAGCAAUCCUCCUCCAACUAGAAGUUACAGUGGUGACUGCCCACCUCAGGUUCACCCAGAAGGGGGUGUUGGACCACCGCGGGACUCCAGGGAGCAGCUGGAGAACGUGGUGCUGAGGAGAGGCUUUGUGCCCAGGACAGCUCCAGAGAGGCUAGCCCAGAGGAAGAGCUCUAUGACCCAACUACAGCAGUGGGUCAACCAACGCCGGGGCAUGGCCUCCCAAGAGGAUAUGAGCAGCCCCUCUCGAUACUACACAGUGAACCGGGGAGUUUCAGCUGAUUAUUAUGGGGUCUACUCCAGCAGGCCACAAUAUGUGGAAGAGUACCCCCUGUACCCACCAGGGGUUCGACCUGAUAGCAUCUGCUCUGUCUCUGCUGUGGGAGGUUACGACCGCCGAUGGACCAUCGAGGAGAAACGCCGGUCACUGAGGGAUGGACCACUCCCAAUAUAUGGACUUCCAAUGCCCAGGGACCUAUGGGGAUCCCAGUACUACAGUGGGAGCCCCAUUGAAAUGGCCCAGACCUCCAUGAGACGUCUGUCCAUCCAGCCACGCUCCAGAUCUGUACCCAGGUCACCCUCCUCAUCAUCAGGGGGGCCCUAUUCUCCAGGGCCACCCAACUUUGCCUCACCAGCUCGAUCACCAUCGGUGCGCUUUGACCAGUUUCCAGGGGGGAUGAGGGAGGACGUGAUAUAUGCAGAUCCAUCCGUCUAUGGCCUGAGAAGAUCCCUUAGUUCACCAAAAUAUGACUACCCUGGUGAAAGGAGGUCCCUAAGCCAAGGAUUAUACCACUACAACUAUCCUGCAUCCCCCUCCCUCCGGAACAAAAUGGACGACAUAUUAGACCUUCAACUCCAGAGAAACCUGGAGUACUUAGACCAACAGGUACCUCCUUUCCAUGAUGUCUACAGCAGAGAUCUGCAUCCUACAUUGAAGCUCAAUGAAAUUGAAACCAGUAAACUUUUGGGCCGGCUGUGUGAACAGAACCGAUUUCUGAAAGACCAGGAGGCCGUAGUCCACAGACUUAGGAUGGAAAAGGACAGCUUAGAAGGGGCAUUGGUGGCCACACAUCAGGAGAUGGAGCUAUAUCGCAACCAGCCGCGGACCAUGGAAAAACUGCAGUUCAAGAAGGAAACCCUGCAGAAUCAGCUUAUCAACAUCAGAGGAGAGCUCUCACAGGCCUCCAGUGCUUUAACAACCACACGUAUGGAGUUUGAAGCGUUAGAGGAUGAGGCCAAUGCUAUCCACGGAGACCUAUGGGAGCAACUUAAUGCAGGAGGGCAGAGUGAAAUGGUUCAUAGGCACAUUCAAAAGGAGUUUUGGAGAGUCCAGGAUGUGUUAGAGGGACUACAUAAGAAUAACUCAUCCAGAGGCACUGACACAGCCAAGCACAGAGUGGCCAGCGGUGCAUCAGGCUCCUUUAGUACCAAUAGUCCAGCCAGUCCCCUGAGCUCAGUAAGCCUCACAAGUCCACUCAGUCCUUUCUCCCCAGUGCCCGGCUCCCAGGCCUCCCCUACUAAACAGCUGGGCGUGGAGGAAAUUGGCCCACCAAGGCCUCCUCUCCCUAAAUCCUACUACCCUCUGGAGCCUUCCCCUACCUUUCCUCCUUCCAUUCCCCCCCUGCCCUAUGACAGCGCCGCCUGGCUACGCAGCUUGGGCUUCGAUGAUGGUUACCUUGAUGAUGAAGACUCUCACACCAGAAAGCCGAAGUUUGCAGAGUGGACAAGUAGUAAUGGAGGGCAGGAUCAGGACCAGGAAAGGCAAUCCACUAUGAAUAAAGUUGGCAUUGUACCUCCUCGGACCAAGUCGCCCACUGAUGAUCCAGACCACAGCUAUGAUGGCGUCUCUCGGCGUAAUGGCAAGAUGCCUAAUGGAAUUUCAAGGGAACGUCCAAAGAGUGCUGUGUUUCCUGCAGAGGUCAAGUCCAAGAUGACUGUGGAGGAGCAAAAUGCCCGAAUCCGCCGAAACCAGAGCAGCUCUGUGAGGGACAAGAGGCGAAGUUUAAACCUUUCAGGUGGCACAUCAGCAGCCAACUACAAAGUGGUUCGGAGGCGGCUGACAGCCCACGAGGUGGAUAUUAAGGACUUAGAAGCAGCUGUCCGAGGUGAGGGGGUAGAGUCACCCAGGGAAGAGAUUGCCCGCCUCAGACGGUUGCAGAUCGAACCAGACCACUAUGAUCUGGACAUCAGCAAGGAGCUGAUGGCACCCAACAAGGUUGUGAUUCCAGAGCGUUAUGUGGACACAGAGGAAAACACUCCUCUGAGCCCCGAAGAGCAGAAGGAAAAACAGAAGAAAGUGGAGAGGAUCAAGACUCUCAUCGCCAAAUCUAAUAUGCAGAACGUGGUUCCCCUAUUAGAUGGCCCAGUAGAGGGAGGAAGCCAGGUGAACUCAGAGCAGCAGCUACAGGAGCAAGAGAAGCGCAUUGAGAUUUCCUGCGCCCUGGCAGCUGAAGCCUCACGCCGCAGCCGCCUUCUGUCUGCCCAGUGUGCCCCCAGUCCCCCCACUUCCCCGACCAGUCUGGCCCCUCCCCCUUCCUCUGCUGACUUCCCCACCUCCGCCCACAUUAUGGAGGUGUGAGUCUAGCAAGCUCAAGCCCUGGCUGCUGUCAAGUUUGAUGGAGCAUCUUUCUGAGGAUUCACUGGACAAGUAAACGUUGACCCCAGACCUAAACCAGUGCGACAAAAGCACAGAAAAUUGUCAAAGGAGAUUCCUUGGAGGCAUGAGUAAAAAAUAAAUAAAUAAAAAUACAUGGAAAAUAUGACAUAAAGGUCAAUUUCCCCAACUUCAAGAGGGCACUAUUCUAUCACCACCUGCACUUUUUUUUUUCCUGUGAAGGAUUACAGUAGAGUGAUUUAUCUCUUUGAAAUCAUCCGAACCACUGCAGUCUGUCUGUGCACAUCUGAAGCUGCCAAUCUAACCAGUUAAGUAUCCGGAUUUCUUAGUGGCCUCAAGUUGUGACACAAUAUUUCUGCAUAAUUUAGCUCAGGACAUAAUCUACAAAGGAGAGAUUACUGAUUAAAUAUCAAGAUAUUUUUUACACUAUGACAAAAAAAGUCAGUCAACUUACAUUUGGACAGUUCACAAGGGACAUUGAGUAUGUGUGACUCACUGCGAAGAUAUACAUGGAAAACAGCUGCAUGGAUAGAUGGAAUAGAGAGCUCAAAUGAGACCAGUGGAAUACUGUAGAGGUUGAACUGUAGAAAAAUGCCUCACUUAAAAUCAGUAAGAGGUUUUAAGAUACUUCUUGGCACCAAAUGCCCAAAGAUCAGGCUCUUUGAGAGAGACACGUUGUCCCUUCAGUUGGCCUUGCCAACUAUGAUAAUUGGCCAAUAACCCGCUCAGGAGUCAUUGACAUGAACAGAGAGUUAGGCAUUUGUCCACACUUAAAAUGGACCGACAUGUAGAAUGAAACCUUUCACCCUUUGCAAGGAGCUGAAAACUCCCUUUGAACUCACUGUGAUACCCAUCUUCACCUUGCCCAUCAUGUCCACUGCUCUCAGUCUUACACAUAGGUUUAAUUUUUUUCAGAUGUGUGUAAAUGUGUACAGUCACCUCACACAUCACUGUUUCCAGCUCCCGAAUUUGGUUUAACCAGUCCUUUCAGGUUUAGUAUCAAAACCACUGGAAACAAUAAUGGUACUCAAUAUGUUACUUCAGUGAUUGCCUGAACAAAUAGGUAAAGUAAGUUGAAUAUGCUUUUAUAAAUGGUAUAUUGUAUGUGGAAAGAUGUCAGUGAAAAUAGAAGUGACCUUAGACAUGUUAGUCUGCUAGCUUGAAAACACCAGUACAUAUAAAGAUCUGUCAUCAGUUAACGAUGCAGUUUGCUAGGAGUUAUAUAUUGGAAAAUGCUAUCCAGUAAGAUAUCCAUUUCAUCAUAUCAUGCAGUGCCAUAAGUUUAAAUUUUGUUCAGUUUUUUCCUGAUGAAUGGACAUAUUACUAACAUGAACCCCUUUGAGUUUGAAUCUAGAUGAAAUCUAACAGUAACAGUAAUAGUUUACAGGUUCAUAACCACCCAUACACCCCACCCUGCCACCACUACCCCAAAUACUUAACAUAUCAGAUUUGAUGAAUAAAUCUUGCUUUAUUUUAUUUGUUAAAUUCUGAAAGAAUCUAAGAUGGUUCACUUAGUUUGCACUUGUCUACCUUAUUUCAGCCUGUAUGGUUAAGUGUCCCUUAUGUAGCCUGGCCUGACAAGCAGAGUGACCAACUGCAUUUAUACAUAAAUUUUUGAGAGAUUGGAAGAUUAGCUUUAAUAUAAUUUAAUACAUUUAUUUUUUUUUAAACUCCUUUGAAACCUUUCCUUUGAUUUUCUGUAGGGUUAGGGUUAGGGUUACUACCCUGUUCCUUUUAUUCCGAACUGGAAACAUAACCAUCAUGUUCUCUGUGUCAUUUUCUAUAGUUUAAGUAAGAGCAGUAUAACCAACACUUAGACAUACAAGCAUAUUGCAGAUUAUUAAUUUAAUAAAUUAUUUUUUAAAAAUGAUGUCCAGAAUUGACAGAUAGCCAGUUUGGGGCUUAGACCUCUAGCUAUCUUUUUCAGUCCAGAGGAAUAUGGAUUACUCCCCUCAAUCGAUUCCAGUAUUUGAUGACCCGUCCCUGUGUCUUGGCUGUGCCUCUUGAUAAGGAGAACAUGUUUGUCUCUAUGCACUGCCAGUUCCUCCAGAAUUAGUUUAACGCCCAAACAGGGCAAACUCCCUAAACAUACACACAUACAUUUUAUCUUAAUGUAUCAUCCUUGUUUUCCUCUCAUGCAUCACUGUAAACGUGACAUAGAUUAAAGAUGUGUCUUUGUAUUGUUAUGUGCGUACUCUGAUUCAGAGACAAUAUAUUGAACGUAAAAUAAAAAAAAAAAUGAAGUUUGUAUAAACAAAGCAGUAUAUGGCUCUCACAAGGCAAAGACAAAAUAACUAGGUCUGAAGAUUCUAUUUUUCUUGUUUUCUUUUUUGAGAAAGGGAAUAAUAGUGUUAAAAAGAGGCAGUACAUAUUUUUUUAGACGCAUGGAUAUUGAUUGACAAAUAUGCUGUCAAGUUCGAUUUUUACACUCAAUUACACGUUUUGCAUUUUUCACAAGAAAGAAAUGAUUAUUGCUGACAUAUUUUUUUUAUUUAUUGCUUUUGGGUGUUGUCUUGGAUGACUUAGACAUGACAUAGAUAUUUUUGGAGAGACUGGCAACAGAUGUGCUGAUAAAUGUUAAACAGCCAAAAGGUGGUGUCCAAUAUUUGAUACUAGAUGUAGCAUUUAUGGGUAAUGAAAAUAAAGAAAUAUUUCACACAUUGGUCAAUGUACAUAAUAUUUCACAUUUCAAUUACAAGUAUAAAUCUUAAUAUCAAUCUUAACUGUUGCUACUUUGGGGGACAAUACACAAACUGCUUGAACUAUGCAAAUUAUAAAAAAGAAAAACAGUAUGCUUGCUUUAGAAAAACCUUGCAAUAAAAUGAAUGUAUACAAAAAAAUGUGUUUCUAUAGAUGCUUCUGAAUUCCCCACAGGAUUUCAUAUGAUAAAAAUUGUCUCGUUGUC